AUGUCUCAAUCCCCACUGCUGCCUCCUGUUAAAGAACAUAUGCAAAUGAGAGUUUGUCCUCGAUUCCGUCCAUUUCUCAAAACCGAUGAAGAAUGUAAGAACGGAGAAGAUAAACCAAAAACAAGUGUUGCGUUUCAUAAGAAUGGAAAAAACUUUCUCAUCAAGAAUGGUCUGUCAGAACCAUUAGAGUUUACAUUUGACAAAUUUCUCAAGUCAACUGCCACACAAGACGAAACCUUUACGUCGACUUAUGGACCUGAGGUUCUUCAACGAGUGAUUGAUGGAUUUAAUUGCACCAUCUUUUCAUAUGGAGCUCAACAUACCGGAAAAUCAUUUACUUUAUUUGGCAAGUCAGUCGUAGCUGCCAACCAUCAUGCUGGAUUUGCUGUUCGUUUAACAAGAUCUUUAUUUGAUUUCAUUGUUCACAAAUCACCUCCUGAAAUUGAAUUUUCAGUUUCAUUGACAGCUUUUGAAACACACGGAAAUGAAAAUGGUGACACCAUCAUGACCGAUUUAUUGAUUGGUGAAAAUGAAAGAAGAUCUUCGCAUUUAGAAGUGUUGGUCAAUGAUGAAACGAGUACGGUUGAAGUGACAGGUCUUCAUGAAGAAUUUGUGACAAGUGAGAAUGAGUUUUUCCAGAGUGUGAAUAAGGCACUUGAAAAAGCUUCGAGAGAACCCUCAACCGUCUUUAUCGAAAUUAAGGUCCUACAAAGUGAUCCAGCAACCAAGAUCACAAAAGAAUCUCGUAGAUGGAUGUUACACAUUACGACAAAUGGUGAAGCCAUUCAUGCAGAAACGGAUGAUUUUGAUUAUUUUGCAACGACACUUCGUUGUUUGCUGUUUUCACGUAUUUUUGUGAAUUCCAUUUGUUAUGCGUUUAUUACCUUGUCUCCUUCUGCUAUUAGUUCUGUAAUUACCAAGUAUACCAUUCCAAGUUUACAAUUAGCUUCUAAACUUAAUGAAUUAUCGAGUGAAGUAGCUCCAAAUUUGAUUCGAAUUGAUGAUGAAGAACGUAAGAAAGCAUUGGAACAGAGUAAGAAUGAAGAAAAUCAACCUUCGACAACUACUUCACCACAAACUUCAACACAUGCUCCUGAAACUCCAUCGUCACCUCGUGAAUCGAUCAUUCUCGAAGAAACUGAACAGUACAAAAAGUUACUUGCAGAACGAAAUUCACUUCAAGACGACGUUUCAUCUCUCAAAAUUCAAGUUGAAACUCUCAAAGCACAAUUGUCUAAAGAAGAUGAAAAGAAUAGUCAUUCAAGAAAACAACUCGUUCAACUGGAAAAUGCAUUGAAUGAAACGACCAAGCAGCUUAAAGAAGUUUCUCUAUUGAAAGAUUCACUUCAAAAAGAAAAGGAACGAUUCCAAGAAGUUCUCUCACAGUCACAUCAAGAAAUUCAAACUUUGAAACAAAAAUUAAUUGAAGAAGAAUCCAAGAGAGAAGAAAUGGGUGACAAGAUUGCAGAAGUUGAAGAUUUGAAAAAGACCAUUCAAAAACUUCAAACUCAACUUUCGAGUUCCAGUUCAUCCGAAUCUCCACUAUUCACACAAAAGAAGGAAGAAACCAAUAUGGAAGCUCUCUCUGUGGCCAAGAUUCAAUACGAUGAAAUGAAACAACUCUAUUAUGAGCUUCUCGAUAAAGUAGAUGAAUUGGAAAAGAAAAAUAUUGAAUUGGAAGAAGAAAAAAUUGCAACAGAAUCAAAAGCCAUUCCAGUGGACGAUCCUUCGAAUUCACUCAUUGAAAAACUCAAAAACAAGAAUCGAGUGUUGAUGGAACAAUUGAAUUCUGCAAAACGAGAAAAUAUCAAAACUCGUGAAAAGUCAUCCGAAAGUGUGUUAAAGAGUUUGGAUGUCAAAUUAGACGAAUUUAGAAAUAUUGUAACACAAUACAAGGAGACAGCUCAAAAACAAAUUUUGGCAACCAUGUCCACUUAUGAAGAGACUUCACAACAAGAUAAGGCCACAAUUCAAAAGUUGAAAUUGAACGUUACAGAUCUCACAAACAAGCUCAACACAGCUCGAAAGAAGAACACUGAAAUGGAAAUUUCCAGAAUGAAAUGGCAAGAAGGUGAAAAGUAUGCCAAACAAAGAGUAGUCACACUUGAAAAGGAACUCGAAGAACUAAAGCUUAAAUCCAAUGAAAAGGAAAAGCUUCUCUCCGAUGAACUUGAAAAACUCAAAGUAGAAGUCAUUACAGCCAAAGACACUGAAAUUCUCACACUCAAAGAUGAAAUUUCAAGAAUGGAAAAGGAAAAUGGCGAGAUCAUUUACAAGUUAAAGAAGGCCAAAGCCAACCGAAAGAAGACAGUAGCUGCCUUACAACAAGCACAAGAACAACACGCACUAUUAUUAUUACAAGAAAAGGAACGCAAUGAAACUUUGGAGCGUGAAAUUAAAUUCCUCAAAAAGUACACGGGUGUGAAAAUGGACACCUUCUCCAAGAAGAAUGACGACUCUGUGACACAACCUAAAAAGUUGAACACCAUUUCAGCAGCAUCUUCUCGACAAAAAGAAAUGCUUGCCAAACGUCUCUCUGUGACCAUUAACAAGACACAAUCCAACAAAUGCAAUGAUUUGAGAGGAACACCACUUUCACGUGAAAAUUCAAAGACUUCCAUCGUCAGCACUGAGGAGGAAGAAUACGAUGCAAAAUCUCCUCGUUAUAAGAAAUUGACAAGUUCCAAUAAUAAUUUAAAUGACAUUCAGGGAUAUCUUGAAAAACGAUCUCCCAAGCUUAAUCUUUACAAACGAAGAUAUUUCAGACUGGAUGGAAGUUUUUUAUUCUAUUAUGUGGAUGAUGUUGAGAGUAAGCCUAUAGGAUCGAUUGAUCUCAAAACAGCAACGAUUGAAUUGUCUCCUGAAAAGAGUGGAAAGAAGAGAUUUGUGUUUAAAGUGGAAAUUCCAGCAAAACCUUAUUAUCUUUCAUGUUCCACAGCAGAGGAACGAGAAGUGUGGUUUAAUGCCAUUAGUAAUAUUAUUAAAAUAUCUAAAAACUAG